AUGGGGGCGCCGCGCGAGCUCGAGCUCUCCGGCGAGGUGGAGGGCGAGGAGGACGGCACCACCGACUUCGUCUUCCGCCUCGCCGGAGACCCCAUCCCGCUCCUCCCGACCGACUCCAACCCGCUCCCGCUCUUCGACCUGCUGCCCCCUCCCGCGCGCCCGCUCGUCGUCGCCGACCGCCACGCCACCGUCUUCUUCGCCCACCCCAGCGGGUUUAUAGCUGUGAGGACGAAGGAGUUGAUCGAAGCCAGCAAGGAGGCGCGCGAGAAGGGAAAGGCGAGCACCCGCUGCGCGCAGGACUGCUACGUCGCCGACGUGCCCCUCCCUGGUGUAUCCCUCAUCGCGCUCUCCCAUGAUGAGUCUGUGUUAGCCGCCUGCACAGAUACUGAGAUCCAGUUCUUCUCGUUGGCGUCUCUGCUCACACAUAAGGAUGUGGUACCAUCCUUAUCAUGUAGCCUGGGACGAGCUGGCACUGUGAAAGAUUUCAAGUGGUUAAAUCAUGCCUCUGCAUCAUAUAUUGUACUCUCAAAUGGUGGGUUGCUGUGUCAUGGGAGUUUGGGUGAAGGCCUGAAGGAUGUGAUGGAAAACGUCGAUGCAGAUGCAUUGUUUACUCUGAGUCAGACACAAUUAUCCAGCGUAUAUAAUGCACUGAACUCGCAGUUGGCAGCUGCUGAGCAGCUAUCUGAAUGCCUUUCAAAGCAGAUAUCUGUGUUAAAUAUUGGUUCUCCUACUAGGAAGCAGGGGGCGGUGACCAAACAGUUGUUUGAGUCAAUUGGUUUAGCCCACACAACUGAUGCAACCAAAUUUUCAGGCAGCACUCCUAAGCCAAUUAAGCGGUUUCCAUCGGUGAAUGAGCAUUCAAAGGGAAUAUUAGGGCCUUCCAGGAGUGGUGAGCCUGAGACCGCUCGAAGGAGGAGAGAAUCACUGGAUAUGAGCCUGGCUAGUUUGGAACCUCAGAAAACAACUGUUAAAAGAAUAGCACAGCAACAACGCCUCAAGAUCAGCAGUGAUCUACCAUUCAGGUCAAACAAGAAAAUAUUUGAUUCUCAAAUGGCAGCAAUAUCACAGGAAAAGUCAAGCGAUAGCUCCAAUUCAUCUAUAGUAGAAUCAUAUGUAAGCAGACUGCGUUCUCUGAGUGAAGUUUCAGAUGUAAAAGAAAAACCGUCAGGACCCCAACAGAACCCUUUGUUCAAAUGGGUAAAGGAAUCAACUGGGUCAUCUCAAAUGUCAGAGCAAAAGCAUUUUGAGUUACCAGGGCAAAUGAAAAGCACUGCACAAUCUUCAAAAUUGACACCAUCUUCACCACCAUCAUUCAGUUACACACGUAUGGGUGCACAAGAUAGUAUCAACCCAUCCAGUGUUCCAUCCUUUGGAACAAAACAUACCGUGUCUAAGCCAAAUACUCUAACCUUCAAAACCACUAUAACCCCUAAAAGUAAUGCCCACACAGAGCCAAAUAUCUUACCUUCCAUAACAGCUGCAAAAACUUCUCAGAGUCCACUGUCUGUGAAAACUACUGGGGAGUCUGGAGAUUUGCCUACAUUAACUAUGAAGAACAGACAGGAUAGUCAGUCAAUGCCAUCUUUGGGGAACAUAAAAGGACCGGCCUCAUCAGGUGCGAAAACUUCGAAUAUUUUAUCUAGCUCAAUGCAGAAAGUUUCUCCAACAGUAUCUGGGGAUACUGUGUCUAGCUCAGUCCCUACUCUUGCUAAGGAUUCGUCAACUGGUUUGAGUCAAAAUGCUUCCAAACCUGAAACACUAAUAUCAGAGGUAACUAGUACCAUAGUUUCUGCAAGUUCGACUUCAGUCAUAUCGACCACUGAAAGCAAACCUUCAGUGCCUCCAACAACUGGCGCCAGCUUGCCUUCUACUCAUGUCUCUGUUCCUAAAACAGCGCCAACAGCAUCAGAAUCAGUUGUCACUUCCACAGGAAAAGAUGUAGGACCAAACACUGACACCAUCUCAACCGAUGAAGACGAUAUGGAAGAGGAGGCGCCUUCUGCAAGUGCCGAACUCAACUUGGGAGCCCUUGGUGGAUUCAGCCUCGGGUCCCAGCCUUCUUCAUCAAGUCCUCAAAAGUCUAAUCCUUUUGGUGCAUCUGACAAUAAAAGUUCAGGCACACCAUUUACUUUGACAACCAGUCCAGGACAGCUUUUCCGGCCGGCGUCGCUAAGCAUUCCUUCAGCUCAGCCAGCCCAACCAUCUCAAUCAACUAGUUCUAGUUCUUUUUCUAGUUCGUUCUCAAGUGGGCUUACUGGAUUUGGACAGCCUGCACAAAUUGGAUCUGGCCAGCAGUCAGCAUUUGGGAAGCCUGCACAGAUUGGAGCUGGUCAGCAGGCAGGAUUUGGGCAGACAGCACAAAUUCAAUCUGGUUUUGGUCAGCCUGCACAAAUUCAAUCUGGUUUUGGUCAGUCAGCACAAAUUGGAUCUGGGCAACAGUCUGGAUUUGUCCAGCCUGCACAAAUUGGGGCUGUCCAGUCAGGAUUUGGGCAGCCUGCACAGUUUGGUGCUCAACAGGCACUUGGAUCAGUGCUGGGUUCUUUUGAACAAUCGCGCCAGUUAGGAGGCGUAGGUUCUGGAGGAUUUGGUGGAUUUGCUAGUGCUUCUACAUCUGGGGGUUUUGGUUCUUUAUCUUCAAGUAAUGCUGGAUUUGCUGGUGCUGCAUCACGUGGGGGCUUUUCAGCACCCGCUGCUUCUGCAGGUGGUGGUUUUGCUGCUGGUGCUACUGGUGGAGGUUUUGCUGCUCUUGCCUCCAAAAGUGGUGGUUUUGCUGGUGCAGCUUCAUCUGGUGGUGGUUUUGGCAGUGGUGAGAUCUCUGAAGUCGUGUUCUGUUUUGAACAAAUACUUACUUUUGGAGGGAAGUUUUGGAUAAAUGCUAAUGUGUGA